UCCGUUUCUUUUCGUUCCUCACUUCGCGAGUUGCCGGCGCGCUGUUACUGCUGGUUAGUGAAAUUGCUUACCGUUAUUAAAGUGGAAUUCUGCUCCAAAAUCAUCGGAAUCAGUGUAGUGCUAUCAACGCUUAGCUGCGCCCUCAAGCUUCCACAGAAAGAGUGCAUUUUAACGGUUUAGUCAACAACUAUCCCAGAAACAGCAGCCAGCUAGCCAAUCAUCAUGAGCUACGGAAGGCCUCCACCGAAGAUCGACGGGAUGGUAUCGCUGAAGGUCGACAAUCUGACCUACCGGACAACUCCGGAUGAUCUGCGCAGAACCUUCGAACGCUACGGCCAGGUGGGCGAUAUCUACAUUCCACGUGAUCGCCGUUCCCGGGAAAGCCGUGGUUUUGCCUUCGUUCGAUUCUACGACAAGCGCGACGCCCAGGACGCCCUGGAUGGAUUGGACGGACGCAUGUUAGACGGCAGGGAGCUUCGCAUUCAAAUGGCCCGCUACGGACGUCCCUCUUCGCCACAGCGUGGAGGAGGUGGCGGUCGUGGACGCUUCAAUGGUCGAGAUCGUUCUCCGGAUCGCUUCCGACGGCGCUCACGAUCCUUCGAACGUCCCCGUGCCGGUGGCCGACGCUCUUACUCCCGUUCCCGCUCUCGCUCCCGUGACCGAUCCCGCUCUGCUAGCCUCCGGAAGGCAUCCCGUUCCCGAUCCCGCAGCCCUGUCAACCGGGACUACUAAACUCCCCAUCAAUUGACGCCAGCUAGCCCCUAGCGAACACUUACUUUCGAGAGCGAUAUGUGCAUGAUUCAACACAAAAGGAUCCGUUACAGUCGCUGUGCACUCAAAUUGAAAAUAUCUUAAUUUUACACAUUACUUAGUAACCGGUGUCGGAUUUCGUGAACGAACUGCUUUUCAUUGGAUUAUCACAGUCGCUCAGUUUUGUUUUUAAAAUUCAAUUUCCAACAUUGAAAUGCAUCAGUAUCCAAUCAUAAUAUAAACUCAACACUUUAAUAUAACAAAGGAAGAAGAAAAAACACAAACCGUCAGCCAAACAACAGCAGAAAGUUUAAAUUUCGACAAACAAGAAUUAAUAUAAUCAACGUCUUUAUUUCAAAUACUUGCGUGAGAAAGAACCAACAAAACUUAAUCUGUAUAAGCUUACAGGAUUAAUAAGCUGAAUGUAACUGUGAAUGAAACCAGCGGAAUAAAACGUACAAUAAAGAUGAAUAUCUUUUCAAAUAAAAAAAAA